CAAAAUCUAUCACGAACAACCUCCCAUAUCGUAUGCAUUCGUUUGCCUUUCACGUUCAUCAUGGAAGCCAAGUUAAGGGCCUUGCAAGGACCGACACCCGCCUUUGUGAUCAAGCUGCAAAGGCUGCCUCUGGAAAUCGUCCACCAGAUCCUCGACUGCCUGCCACUCUUCAAAGUACUCAAUCUUUUGGCUCACAAGACGCCAUAUGCCGAGAAAUGUGUGCUUACGCACAGAUACCUUGGAUUGGUGUUCAAAUCGCCAUCCGAUAUUGCAAGCGUGAUCGAUUACUUCCUCCUCUUUCGCGACAUACGCAUCUUCUGCGGCCAGAAUUUGAAAGAUAAUUAUCUCAUCGCAUUGAACUACUCAGUGAGUGGAUAUGAAGGUUCUUCAAAUUACGACAUAAUAGAGCCCUUGAUUGAUGAGAUGAUCUCUGAUAUCAGAGGCCACCUACGAUUGGAGCUGCCUGACAUAGACCUGAUCCGUUCCUCCACGGACUUCCCUGCUCCGCUGGACAGUUCUUUCCACAACCUUCUGAACCGCUGGUUUUGGAUCACUGAUGCGAAGGAAAAGAUUAAUAUCGCCAAAGCGAAUCAGUGGAACAAGGCCGCCGACUUGUUGGAAGCCUACCCCGCAAUGUUGAAGAAAACGCUCGAUCCUUCCCAGGAUGGCCUGAGGCCCAACACUGCCCAUAUUGCUGACAGAUUCCGAGGCAAUGCAAAGCGAUGUUUGAGAGACCGCCAAUUGGCACAUCCCCAAAAUAGGCUUCGGGCAGGGUGGCUGCCUUGUGUUCCUGGGGUAGACCUCAUCGAAUUGGUACCUUACGAUCGAUACCUGUGGCUAUUUUUAGAAACAGUGAAGAAGCAUCCUCCCGUGGACGUUAUGGACCACAUUGCAGCUAGCUUACAGAGUAUUACUCUGAGUCUAACUGAGGUCAUGGACACAAACCAAAUGCCAGAGGGUGCCACAGGGCGAAUGGAAGGAGAAAAGUAUCGAUACCCGCCCGAUACUGCUGACAAUAUCCGAAUCGCGAUGAAUGGUCUAUUCUACGUUUACACCGGGUCCACACUGUUAAUAGUUCCACGUAUUCAUUGGCCAGCUACUAUGGAGCCUGACUUUGACAACUAUGUACAGAAUCCACGAUUCUUCAUUGGCCUCAAGCCACAUCCGGCGAACUUACCUGCGGAGUUUCACAGAUGUCCCGUGCGGAAAUGUAAACCCCACGAUGAUCGGGAGUACAAGUGGCUAGAGGCAUUUUUGAAAGCUGUUAGCUGGAUGCAGAAGGAGUUCGGCUCAAGUGGUUAAGGCGAGGUGCAAUGCAGAUUUCUGUUGAGGCAUGUGGAGGAUGCUGUAUAGAGGCAACGGUGGGGGUGUUGAUUGAGGGGAGGACUUUCCAACAACUGAGAGAUUGUAAGGGAGAGGGCUGAUGAAGUUCAUCUGGAGAGCAGGAAAAGGCGUCGAGAGCAUGGAAAGAAGAAGUAUGGUAGGACAGUGAGCCCCUCGUGCUUGCUUCAUUUCUGCGCCUCUUCUGAGAUUGAGUAUAAAUAGCAGCAAGAAAGAAUUGCAUCUUUGAUUGCAUGACUGUUUGCCAUUGGCCAUUACCCCUUUCUUCAGGGGGCGGACUCGCUAAAUCAC